GGUGGGGCGUGCUGGGAGCUGAAGAUAGUAAGGACCCGAAGGGUCUGUGAAUAUAGGCUAGAGACCAAGAGUGCCUAGUCAUUUUGGCAGAACUGACCUGGUGUCAGGCCCUGAGUCAGGUACACUGCUGCCCAAGAGGCUGCUGGUAGAUGGACAGAGUGACGUGGGGCACAGGGCUCUCCAAGGAAGCAGGAGGCAGGAAGAGUCAGAAAAUGUAAGGUCCAGGGAGUCUAUGUAGGAGGAAGAUGGGGCCAGGAGGAGGGUACUCUAUCUUCAGGUAAAACUGAAAGCAUGUGCUGCCAGUCAGUGAAGGAGAUUGUCGAUGAGAUUACGGGAGUCUAAGUCCUAGCUCCUUCUCAACUGACCUGGUGUACUGCCUUGAGGCACUGCAGGCUGCACAUCUGGGGACUGCUGCCUGCUCCACCUGGCUUCUUCAAACCUACUAAGGGAGAGGAGGUGUAUGGAAAAAGAACAAAGAGGAAAAAAAAAAACCCCACCAAGGCCAAUGGUCAGGGAGCACUAGUAAUUUUAACAGCAACGCACUCAAGAAGAGCAUAACGGUCACAGGCAUGUGUAAUAAACCCCUCAUCCCCACCCUCCAGCAUGUAUCACUCAGUUGCGGCUGGAACCGAAACUGCGCAUGCCCAGCACAGCGAUUUCCACCCCCACCCGCGGUCAGCUGGCUUUUCGAGGGUUCAAACUUCAACAAAACAAAAUGUCUUCUUAAGGGCUGACUUUGAAUCAGUCCCAGGCCUUUGGGUGGGGAAGAUAGGGGGUGGGCAGACUGUAACACCGAACGUGCAGAAGGGGAGGGGGUCUUGAAAUAAGCUGAAAGGCAGCGAGAACGAUCGCCGCCUGGCCUGCCUUGCCAGUUGAAGUGAGAAGGGAAGGACUGAGGCCCGAGGAGGCUCCACGCACGCGUAAGGGGCCGUUUGUUAUCAAGGGUGUUGUGAUGUUGCCACUGCCCCGCCUGCCCCGGGUCCUGCCAGUGCCGAAAGGGAAACUCCAGGGGAGGCGGAGGCCAGCGGAGAUUUCUCAAGCCAACCGGUCCCCUCCCUCCGCGGCGGGCAGGAAGAGCGACUCUGCGCAGCCACUUCCGGGCCCUGCGACUUUGAGCUGCAUUAUCACGCAGACGCCCCUCCUGAGGCCCGGCCAGUCGAAAGUUCUUGUCCACAGGCUCCCACCGAGGGGCGCACCAAUGGGACAGGGCCUAGUCUGCGGCAGACACGCCCCACUCUGGGCAUCGCGACGUCGGAGCACCCAGAGCGUCAUUUCCGCCCUCAUCCUCGGCCCCACACGGAGGGGGCGGAGCCAAGCGGAAGGCGCGCGGCUUGUGCGUCACUUCCGGUGAGUCUAGCGGCGACAACGGUAACAUGGCCCUGAACGGCUCUGAAGUCGACGACUUUUCCUGGGAGCCCCCGACCGAAGCGGAGACGAAGGUGCUGCAAGCGCGGCGGGAGCGGCAGGAUCGCAUCUCCCGGCUCAUGGGCGACUACCUGCUGCGUGGUUACCGCAUGCUGGGCGAGACGUGCGCGGACUGCGGGACGAUCCUCCUCCAAGACAAACAGCGGAAAAUCUACUGCGUGGCUUGCCAGGAGCUCGACUCAGACGUGGACAAAGAUAAUCCGGCUCUGAAUGCCCAGGCUGCCCUCUCCCAAGCUCGGGAGCACCAGCUCGCCUCUGCUUCGGAGCCCCCCUUGGGCUCUCGGCCUGCCCCUCAGCCCCCAGUACCCCGUCCAGAGCACUGUGAGGGAGCUGCAGCAGGGCUCAAGGCAGUCCAGGGGCCGCCCCCUCCUGCUGUGCCUCCAAAUGCAGAUGUCGUGGUCUGCACACAAGAGGCUCUCCUGCAGAAACUGACCUGGGCCUCAGCAGAGCUGGGCUCUAGCACCUCCCUGGAGACUAGCAUCCAGCUGUGUAGCCUUAUCCGGGCUUGUGCUGAAGCUCUGCGCAGCCUGCAGCAGCUGCAACACUAAAGAACCCCUCCUGAGAAAAUCCCUGUAGAAAAACA